CCAGGGGGCGGCAAGUAAAAACUCUCUAAUCGUUCUCUGGUUCUCCGCGGCUAGGGUUUCGUUUCAUCUCCCUCGGUCACUCUCUCGCACGAUCGCAUUCUCUCAAGCUUGCUUCCGAGGAUGGCGAGGCACCGGAGCCGGAGUCGGAGCUACAGCCCACGGCGAUACAGCCGAAGCCCUCCCCGCCGCAAGCGCUAUGACGACCCUCGCGACCGCUAUCGUGGUGGCGGAGCUCGUGGCUACCGCGAUCGGCGUCCUUCCGCCCCUUCCGGUCUCCUUAUCCGCAAUAUCUCCCUCGACGCCAGGCCUGAGGAUCUUAGGAUCCCAUUCGAGCGUUUUGGCCCAGUAAAGGAUGUGUAUCUUCCAAAGAAUUACUACACCGGGGAACCGCGAGGCUUUGGUUUUGUGAAAUUCCGUAAUCCUGAAGAUGCUGCUGAGGCCAAGCAACAAAUGAACCAUCAAAUCAUUGGUGGGCGUGAAAUAUCAAUUGUCUUUGCUGAGGAAAAUAGAAAGACUCCCCAGGAGAUGCGUGUGAAUGCAAGAAUUAGUGGGAGAUACAAUGGGGGAGGCCAUAGAAGACGAUCUCUGUCACGAUCUCCAAGACGCCGUUAUAGAUCCUAUUCGCGCUCGCCAACUCCUGAGAGGCACCACUCGAGAGAGAGGGAGAAGGGUGCUCAUGAUGAUUAUGACUCUCCUCCAAGAUCUGUCACUCCAUCACCUCGGGACGACAGGGAUUACAGGUCGCACAGGCAAUCCCCUAGUCCUGAUCAGAGUGGCCGGAGCCCAUCCAGAUCACGUUCUUACAGCCCCCGCUGAUGAUGUUAACAAGAAACUCAGGUGGCAUCAGAUUGAGUCCUGUGCUGGAAAUGCCUAGUUUUUGAGCUCCCUCCCUCCCUCCCCCCCUUUAGCUUCAGUAGAUUGGUCGUGUACCUUCUUGACCAUGAAUUGUGUGACACUAGUCUAGAUUCUAGUUCUGGCUUCUGAAAAUAUUUGAUGCACUUGUUUCUGAGGAAAAUGUUCUUGAUGUGUGUGGCUUGUGCUAUCUACAUUCUAUCCAUCUUUCAGGUACUUUUCCAGAGCUUGAUGAUGGUGUAUUGUAUCAUCAGUAAACUGUAAUUGGUGCUGCCCUUUUUAAGGUCUUUCUCUCA